ACGACCCCUGCUGUUGGUCUUGAGUGUUGCUGUUGGUACCUGAGCCCGCUAAUUGCAUCAAAUGGCCUAAUUGCCUCAAUGGAAACACCUGUGACCUUAGACGCUUAAAAGAUCACCAUCUGAGCCAAGGAAGGAGGGCUCUUUGGUUUCGGACUUUGCUUUGGUGUUUGGCUUGCGUUGUAUUUUGUUGCUUUUUGCAUUCACAUUUCAAACCUCAACAUUGCAUUACCCUUUCAACCAUGCACCGUGCUCUACACACUGAUUUUGCUGAUUACUACAGAAACACUUUUAUUUUCUUUAAUUGUUUUCAUUUCAUUAUUCUGUUUUGUCUUAUUAUUUGUAGUUAAAUAAACAUUAUUUUUGAGCCUAUAAUUUGGUUUGCGUGUGUCCCUUGUUUUUGUUGCUUCCCUUGAGCCAAGGGUCGUAACAAAUUGGGGGCUCGUCCGUCCUUUGAUAAUUUGAUUGCGUACAUUUUUGGAUGCUUAAUUUGAUAAUUGAUUAUUUGUUGGACACACGAAAAUGUUUUUUGCCAAAGUCAAUUUGUUCACCGUGUGAAAUCACCAGUUGGUAAGUGAAUGUGCAAUAUUGUUUUUUGAACGUGAGUUUUCUCUGAUAGGCAUAGCGGCAUGUUUCUUUUGAGAUGUGUCGGGUUUGUUAUUUUUGUGUAGUGUUGCGGUGAAAGUGGGUAGUAGUAAUUAUCUCGGGAGCACAUCCGUGGUGUUGAAGGCGUCGCUGGUUUGACCAGUUGCGUUUUUCACCCAGCGGGCUACAGUGCAUAAAUACCCCCCACCGGUAAUCGCAUGAAGACUAGGGUUGAGUUAGGUAGAGUAUUGGAAAGGUAGAGGGAAAACUCUCGUUAUUUGAUUGCACUGUGCUGAUUAUAUUUGUUCUGGUGAUUUCAGCAUGGCUGAUAUUGAUGAGUUUGUUAGUUCACCUUCUCAUGAACUUUUGAACGGGUGUACUAAAGAGCAAUUAUUGAGUAUUGCUGAACAUUAUGAAAUUGUGAUAAAAGAUAAAAGGCUCAAAGAAAAUGUUAAGACAGCUUUGAAAAUUGAGUUAAUUAAACAAGGUAUCUUAGAUAUCGAGAUGGAGGAAAAAGAUGUACCGAUUGCACCUGACUUAAAAAGUAAUUUGUCUUUUGAACAGCAAAAAGAGCUGCUACUUCUACAGAUGGACCAUGAGAACAUAAAACUGCGUGCUGAACAAGGUAAAAGGGAAUUAGAAAAGGCAAAGUUGGAUUUGGAAUUUCUCAAGCUCAACCUAGUGAAAGAAGGUAAGCUUUCUGGUUCUGGUCAGGAACAGAAUGUGUUUUUUUCGAUCAAUUCAAACUUAAAACUCAUUCCUAAAUUCAACGAGGAAGAUCCUGAUACUUUCUUUACUCUAUUUGAACGCAUGGCAGAAUUAAGGAACUGGUCCGAUGAUAAUCGUGUUGCUCUACUACAGUGUGUGUUAACGGGGAAAGCACAAGUAGUCUUUUCUUCAUUGUCGCUUGACGAUUGUAAAGAUUAUGAACGAGUUAAAUCUUUAAUUUUAAAGGCGUAUGAAUGUGUACCCGAAGCAUACAGACAGCGCUUUCGAUGGCAGAAAAAAGACCAGUUACAAACAAACUUAGAAUUUGUGCGUGAUCUGAGAAAACACUUUAAUCAUUGGUGUUCAUCAUUAGACAUUAAAACACUGGAGGAUUUAACGCAUUUGAUGGUGUUGGAACAAUUUAAAAAUUCAGUCCCAAGCCGUAUAGCUGUGUACAUUGGUGAGCAUAAUGUUAAAACACCAGAGGAAGCGGCUAGGUUGGCCGAUGAUUUUGUACUGACGCACAAAACCACUUUUGUCGAUUGGCAUGCUCGUGAUGUUCAGUACAUAAAGUCUCCGUCUAACGGUAACCGCGUUUCCACAGGAACUUUUGAUCCAAACAAGAUUUGCAAUUACUGUCAUGAGAAAGGACACUGGAAAGCAGAUUGUCCGGUCCUUAAAAAGAAGUCCCAACAUAAUGCACAGAGCUCACAUGUUAAACCUUCUGCUCUCGCGGCACCAGUCCUGUCUUCAGGGAGUGAAAUUUUUGAAAAUCAAAAAUUUGAUGUUGAUUUAUCUUCUUACUCGCCUUUUAUUACAGAGGGGCGUGUAUCCCUGGUUGGAGAGAAAGAGGAAAUCCCUGUUAAAAUCUUGCGGGAUACUGGCGCAAUGGAUUCAUUUAUUUUGGAAUCAGUAUUGCCUUUUUCCUCACAGUCUCAUACUGGUGAGAGUGUGUUAAUUCGUGGAAUAGGACUGAAUACUCUGUCUGUGCCUCUUCAUAAGGUAAGGCUUCAGUCUGAUUUGAUUCAAGGUGAGGUUGUAAUGGGAGUACGACCAGCUUUGCCAGUGGAGGGAGUCCAUAUAAUUCUGGGGAAUGGACUGGUAGGUGAAAGAGUGUGGGCUGAUACUUCAGUGUUUCCCAUAGUGAUCACUGAUAAGAAAGUUGAAUCUGAACUGAGUUCUUUGUGUCAGGAUUCAGCGUGUGUCGUCACUCGUGCAAUGAAAGGUGCCAAUAGGGAUGUAGUAUGUGGUCAAAAAGAGGUUAAAUCUGAUAAAGUCGGCAUGAAGUUGUUUAUGCCUGAUUUGUCUGCUUUGUCUUUUCCUGUUUCUGCAGAGGAAUUAGGGAAGGAACAGCGGAAUGACUCCUCUUUGGAUGAACUCUUCCGGAGUGCAGUGCCUCCAGUAGAGGAGUGUAACGUUUCCCGUGGAUAUUUUGUUCAAGAUGGAGUGUUGUUGAGAAAAUGGAGUCCUCACAAAAAUUUUGUGGGAGAUCCUGUCUUUCAGGGAUCUUUGUGGGAGUCCCUGUCUUUAUGGGGAGGGGUGUGACGACCCCUGCUGUUGGUCUUGAGUGUUGCUGUUGGUACCUGAGCCCGCUAAUUGCAUCAAAUGGCCUAAUUGCCUCAAUGGAAACACCUGUGACCUUAGACGCUUAAAAGAUCACCAUCUGAGCCAAGGAAGGAGGGCUCUUUGGUUUCGGACUUUGCUUUGGUGUUUGGCUUGCGUUGUAUUUUGUUGCUUUUUGCAUUCACAUUUCAAACCUCAACAUUGCAUUACCCUUUCAACCAUGCACCGUGCUCUACACACUGAUUUUGCUGAUUACUACAGAAACACUUUUAUUUUCUUUAAUUGUUUUCAUUUCAUUAUUCUGUUUUGUCUUAUUAUUUGUAGUUAAAUAAACAUUAUUUUUGAGCCUAUAAUUUGGUUUGCGUGUGUCCCUUGUUUUUGUUGCUUCCCUUGAGCCAAGGGU